UUGUCUGUUUGUGGUUUUCAUUUGUCUAUGGUUUUGAUUUUGUCUGUUUGUGGUUCUGGUUCUCUGAAUAAUAUAAUUAUAGUAAUCUGUGGUUCUGUCUGGUUUUGUUUGAUGUCUGUGGUUGGUUGUCGCGCUUGUCGUUUUGUCGUGCGGAUGCAUGAUAAAAAUUAUAAAACAUAUUUUUGUGUUGAUAAACUUAAUUAUUAAAGAAAAAGAAUCACGUACCGAACCUUCUAAAUUAAAACAUCUUGCACACGUUAUCUAUACAAUUUAUUUUAGCUCGUGAAAUGUUAAUGCGGCGGCAUCUCGAAAUCGAAGUGGUCAAUUAGCUAUGUCUACGUGCCAGUCUCCCCAGUGAGACGAGUGAAAGUGCAACAAAGUACACCUGUGAACAUGUUGAAGUUCUUGUGAAAAGACUGACGAGUGCUAAACCAAUCGAAUGGAAAACAUAAACUUUCAGCCGAGCGGGGAGGAGAUCGAACGAGCCUUGAUGGACCUGGGCCCCCUGCUCGGCGUCUCCAUCAAAGAGGAGGUCCCAGAGGAACUGACAGACGGUAGUGCACCGCCUGCUGUCUCGCUCAAUGUGAGUAGCACACCUGAUGGCGGGCUCGCUGGUGGCGGCGGCGCCGCCUCCGGCUGCCCCGAUGCCGCGGAGGCCGGCGACGCGGGCGCGCUGGGCGAGGCGGGCGAGGCCAGCAAGGCCGGGGCGGCGGACUCGCUGGCGUCGCCCGGCGCGUCGCGCGCGCCGCCCGCCGACACGCGCUGCGUGCUGUGCCACACGGUGCUCACUCUCGCGGAAGGGACGCCCAAACUCAUGGAGUGCCUGCACUCGGCGUGUGAACCGUGUAUCAGAGCCAAGCUAGAAGAGAAGCAAGCCAGUUCAAGAGAUUUCUUAGGAGCAGAGCGGGUGACUAUUACGUGUCCCGCGUGUCGCCUGCAAUGUCAGGUGGCCAACAUGAUCGACCAACGCUUCGUACUUGAGAAAAUGGCACUGGAGCAAGCCGGCUCUAAUGGCGCGGGCGGCGAGCAGCAGUGCAACAGCUGCGAGGACACGGAGCCCGCCACCAGCUACUGCGUCGACUGCAACGAGUUCAUCUGUGACAACUGCGUGCACGCGCACCAGAGGCUGAAGAUCACCAAGGAGCACACCAUCAAGUCGCGGGACGAGGCGCUGGCCGAGCUGCAGGCGGCGGCGGGCGGCGCGCGCAGCGAGCUCGACAUGUUCUGCAGCGAGCACGUGCAGGAGCGCCUGUCGCUGUUCUGCGAGACGUGCGACCGCCUCACGUGCCGCGACUGCCAGCUGCAGCACCACCGCGACCACAAGUACCAGUUCAGCACCGAGAUGGCGGCACAGGCGCGCGCGCAGAUCUCGGCGCUGCUGUCGGAGGUCAGCUACAAGCGCGUGUUGCUGGGCUCCGCCAUGAAGGUCAUCCGCGACCGCCAGCAGCUCAUCGCCGACAAGAAGAAGGCGCUGGUGCACGAGAUCACGCAGACCGUCGUCAAGUCAGUGCACUUUAAAUACAUUCACUAAAAUCUAAUGUCUCAAUGCGAACAUGUUGCAUUGGUCGGUUAUUCAUUCCAUUCGCCAGUUAUAUAGUCAAAGAUGAUUUAUUUCUUACCAGUUUUACUAAAACUUAUUCCAUGUAUACACUAUUUACGUAUCUAAAAGUUUUUUUUAACAAAGUGUGAUCAAUUUACUGUGGUAACAUAUUUGCCAUGCUGUACACUGUGGUAGGCAAACCUGCUAUUUUUUAUGCCUUUCUUUUGUCAUCUGAUGUUCUUCGGGCCUGUAUUUGUUUUCCAUACAAAAUGAGUUUACAAGAACGCUACGCAUAACCACCGUGUAUACAGUCGUCCAACGCAACCGUGUAGACGAGUACGACACGCGGGCAGGCCGAUCCCGAACUGCGAACAAAACGAUGUUACCACUUAGCAGCUGUAUAAAAAUAGGGGUUGCAUGUGGGUGUUCGUCAUUUUUGGAGAUAAAACCAUGUAACUUGGUACAUAGGUCUCUUAGGAUGUGCAAAGUUUUUAUAUAAGUAGGUGCCAAAGGAAUUCCAGAAAUUGUAACUUUUGUUUUGUAUCAAUAAAAAAAACGACUUUUGAAGUAUCUAUCAACACACAGUCCAAACCACUGGACAGAUUGGGCUAAAAUUUGGCAUACAGAUAGAUGUUAUGACUUAGGCAUCCGCUAAGAAAG